AAACAUCGUCGCCGGUAUUGGCCCAGCCGCGUGGAUAGCAAAGAGCGAGAACAAGCGUCGCGACUCACAACCACGGUUCCUGAGUGCCGCGCCGAGUUUCGACCGCCAUGUUUGUGCUACCCCCUCCGCCCCGAUACCCAGCUGCGGCGUACGGCAACCAGCCCGGGCAGCCGCUCAUCGAAACCAACAACAUCCUCACGCAUCCCACGGGCCCGGAGCACCAGUUGGUUGUCGGAGAAGGAACCUACGUCUUGAAGGACGCCCUCCUCCUCGCAACGCCGCCGCCUCACCCUUCUGAAGCCCCGAUUCACAACAACAACCCCCUCGCGACUACGCUAUCACCGCCCACGGCUGGCACGAAGCUCUCUGUAUUAGUGCUCGCGCCGCGACAGCAAUCGCAUCCCCAAUUGUUCCGCCUCACUACGAACAACAGCACCGUGUCGCAGAUACCGCCGAGUAUACAAGAGAGCCCUCAUGAGGGACAGAGCCAAGCUAGCGACACAGCUUCGCACCCGCCUAUGACAAAUGGGGUAGGGUCGCUGGAUGGAAGCAAUGCGCCUGCAUUUGGGGAAAGCAAUCCUGUGCUAUCAUUACCGAACGGAAAAGACCUCAAGGAUCCUCUGAAGCGGCGGAAACCGAAGAGUAAUAUCGUCAAGAGCAAUUCGUCAUUCGUAUCGAGGGUCAUUCCACACGAAGGCUUGACGAAACGGUUACAAGAGCAUGACCCAAAGGGGAUAUAUGUCUUCGCCAAUGUGAACAGGGCUAUGCAAUGGCUGGACUUGUCUUCUCCUAUAAAGGAAGAGCACAUGACCAAAAUUCUCUUCACAAAAGCGCACCCACUUUGUCAUGAUAUCCAUCCAGGGACGAAAGGGCCUAACCAUGUCGAUAUUGUGCUAGGGUUUUCGACAGGGGACAUAAUUUGGUACGAGCCCAUGUCACAAAAGUACGUCAGGAUAAACAAAAAUGGCGCAAUAAACCCAUCAGCAGUAACGGAGAUACGAUGGCUCCCACAUAGCGAGAACCUUUUCAUUGCGGCGCAUGCGGACGGGACAUUGGUGGUCUACGACAAGGAGAAAGAAGAUGCACCAUUCGUGGCAGAGGAAGAAUCACCAUCAUUGGAGAGGCUGAACGAGGAACAGAAGAAGGUUUCUCUAAAAAUCAAGAAGUCGGUAAAUUCGAAGAAUCAGAAAACGAACCCGGUGGCUUGCUGGAAGGUGUCGAACUCGAAGAUCAACGCUUUGGCCAUAUCACCAGACUCGCGGCAUCUUGCGGUAGUUUCAGAGGACGGGUCGUUCAGGAUCAUCGAUUACUUGAAGGAGCAAUUACUCGACCUCUACAACAGUUACUACGGCGGCAUCAUGUGCGUAUGCUGGUCGCCAGACGGCAGAUACGUGGUGACGGGCGGCCAGGAUGACCUGGUAUCUAUAUGGUCUCUGGAAGACAGCAUGCUAGUGGCGCGAUGCCAGGGUCACAAUUCAUGGGUCACGGCUGUGGCGUUUGAUCCAUGGCGAUGCGAUGAGCGCAACUAUCGGAUAGGCAGCGUGGGGGAGGACUGCAGACUUUUGCUGUGGGACUUUAGCGUUGGCAUGCUGCAUCGACCCAGAGCGGCUUCAGUACGACACCGCGGCAGCGUGGCGUCGGCAACGCUCAAGGUCUCACGGACUCGCACAGACACAUCGAGCAACAGCCGGCUGCGAUCGAACUCUAACCUCACGUCGGCCAGCAUGGCGGGCGAGGGCGAGGAUACGGUCCACCCGGUAGAACCGCGGGCGCGCACGGCGAUGCUGCCGCCCGUCAUGGCCAAAUCAAUAGAUGAGCAUCCCCUCACGUGGCUGGGAUUCGAGGAGGACGUGAUUCUAACGACGUGCGCGACUGGUGAGUGAAUUUUCUUCUCUGCAGGCAGAUAAGCUUCGGGGCGGGUCGAUGCGAUGUCGUGCAGGAACCCGCUCCCUGUGCCACAAGCGAUGCCGCCACUGCAGCGCCAGAGCACAGCAUGUGCAUGGCUUGACUGGUCUGGCGACGGCUGGCUG